UUUAUUUGAAAAUAAGGCUGGUGUUAACACCUACCAACAAUUUUUUUUUUUUUAAUCGAAGAGCUAAAAUCUGUACUGAGCAAUAAUCAUAAAACUGGGUAGCAAAGCAGGCACGCCAUGCCUUCCAAGAGUAAAAAUUCUGAAAUUAAACCUUCAGGGGAACUAGGGUGUGAGCGCCAGAGCGCAAUUUGUCAUUCGGUUACGGCUCUGCUCAGGACCCAGACGAAGAGAGACCCCGGGGGAACCCACGCAACCAUCCUGUGACCGAGACGGGCGCGCGGACGCUGCGGCCACAGGGGCAGAAGGGAGAGAGAGGGUCGUCUCGACGCCGGCCAGCCGCCGGAGGAGUUAAACUAACAAAGAGCUAAUCGCGCACCAAAGCCCCCCCGAGCGGAAGCAAAGCCGCCCCGCCGCCCCCGCCCGGCUACCCUCCCCAAGUUCAGGGCCGGCAGACAACUCGCACGCGGGGCCUGCAGCCAGGCCGGAGCCGGGUUCGCGGUCGGGAUGCGGGAACCAGGCUACCUCCAAAAGCAGCCCUACUUUGGAGCCGUGGUUGGCAGGGUGGCCAACCGAAUUGCCAAAGGAACAUUCACGUUGGACGGGAAGGAGUAUAAGCUGGCCAUCAACAAUGGGCCCAACAGUCUGCAUGGAGGAGUCAGAGGGUUUGACAAGGUCCUCUGGACCCCUCGGAUGCUGUCAAAUGGUGUCCAGUUCUCAAGAGUCAGUCCAGAUGGUGAGGAAGGUUACCCUGGAGAGUUGAAAGUCUGGGUGACAUACACGCUGGAUGGUGGGGAGCUUAUGAUCAACUAUCGAGCCCAGGCCAGUCGGACCACACCGGUCAAUCUGACCAACCAUUCUUAUUUCAACCUGGCAGGCCAGGGUUCCCCAAACAUAUACGACCAUGAAGUCACUAUAGAAGCUGAUGCCUUUUUGCCUGUGGAUGAAACCCUGAUUCCUACAGGAGAAGUUGCUCCAGUACAAGGAACUGCCUUUGACCUGCGGAAGCCAGUCGAGCUUGGAAAACACCUGCAGGACUUCCAUAUCAAUGGCUUCGACCACAAUUUCUGUCUGAAGGGAUCUAAAGAAAAGCACUUUUGUGCACGGGUCCGGCAUGCUGGAAGCGGGCGGCUACUGGAAGUGUACACAACCCAGCCUGGGGUCCAGUUUUACACAGGCAACUUCCUGGAUGGCGCUCUGAAGGGCAAGGGUGGAGCAGUCUAUCCCAAGCACUCUGGUUUCUGCCUCGAGACCCAGAACUGGCCUGAUGCCGUCAAUCAGCCCCACUUCCCUCCUGUGCUGCUGAGGCCUGGGGACGAGUAUGACCACACCACUUGGUUCAAGUUUUCUGUGGCUUGAGGAAGUGUGAAGACGUGACCUCUUCCAGGGCCAGGCUGGGAGCCCCUUCAGCAGCCUGUCUCCUGCCCAGAGAGGCGACAGAGGCUUUUCAAGUGAUCCUGUGAUGAAAGCCAUGUGAAGGGUAGCUUCAUAGUAGUGAGUCUGAGUAUCGAUUUUCUUUCCCAGUGACUGGCUCCAGGUCAGCUCUAAUGAGCAGCUCUCCGCUCUGUGUAGUUAAGAGGACCCACCCACUAAUACCAUCACCGAAGCCCGACCCUAGCCCAGAAGGGGUGUCCACGCCCCUUGUACUGUGUUGGCUCCGUCUCUCCACCCUACCUUUCUCUCAUUCUACUUUCUUUCCUUUUCCGGUCCUCCUCCUCUGCCUCCUCAAACCACCUCGCCCCUCCUGUGCAGCACUUCGGAUUCAGUCGCAUUAGCUCCUGCACCAUGCUGGCGGAUGGACCAGUCUGCCUUGAGAAGGCAGGAGAUGACAGAGGGAGGGAGCCAGGGCUUCAGGAGGGUAAAUGACCCUCAUAAAAACACACGGCUGGGGACGAUUUUAGCCAGGACUUGACAUCAGGUCAUGCACAUUCGAUCCCCUUCUUUGCUUCCAUUUCAGUCUGCCAGGGCAUUCGCGGGGUCACUGAUGGGGCAAGCGGGGGUCUGACCCUCCUCUCUUUGGGCCAGCCUUUCUUCCCAGAUUCACGUUUAUAUGAGUCUGAGUUUGAGUUUAGCUGUCUUCAAGAUGUCACUUAAAGGGCCAGGUCAAAAUAUCCAGAAAGAAUCUGUGAUUUUGAUUUUCUACCUUUGGGGUUGAGAAAGUCCCAGCCCAGCCAAGGCAUGGGAAGCCAGCAAGCCACCGGAGACCGGAGCUGUGUUAGUGUGGAGACAGGGCCUCACCCGAGGGCUGCAUAUUGCACCUGGAGCAAAAUGUCGUGUUAUGUAGAUGAGCCCGGGGCUCCCCCCUUUCCUGAACAAUUGAAUUACCAGCUAUGGGUUUGGGUUGGUGGUUGGUUUAGGUUUUUAAAGGAAUGUACCUUUUACUUUUGUAUACUAGCAACCCGUUGAAAUAAAACCAAAAGCUGCACCUUCGGAAGA